GUACGCACGUGAACGACGGAGGGGGAAAUCCACGAAAAUGACUUCAAAUCAAGAAAAUAAAUCUUUGAUCGAAACUCGACCGAUUGGAUCGUCACAGAGUUGUAUAUCUAAACCAGAUGGAUCAGCAGUAUUUACUCAGGGUGAUACAUCAGUAAUGGCUGCAGUUUAUGGGCCUGGGGAUAUCAAACCAAAUAAGGCUCUCAUGGACAAGGCAACAGUAACAGUUAUAUACAAACCGAAAGUAGGAAUGGCAGGUGUAAGAGAGAAAGCCUUGGAAAGGAUGAUCAGGAAUACCUGUGAGACAGUCCUUUUGACCACACUCUUCCCACGCUCUUCUGUUGAUAUCAUUGUCCAGGAGAUCCAAGAUGCAGGGGCUCUGUUAGCAUGUUGUAUCAACGCAGCUUGCUUGGCCAUGAUCAACGCAGGCAUCCCCAUGAAAUGUACUGUCGCAGCUUCCUGUUGCAUGAUGGGUAAAGAUGAAGACCUUGUGGUUGAUCCAACCAAGGAACAGGCAAAGGAUGCUGAUUGCAUAUUAACAGCGGCCAUUGACAGUUCAUCACAUAACCUCAUCACAUCUAGUAUGCAAGGCAGCUGCACUGUGGAACAAUAUCACAAGCUGAUGUCAGUGAGCAAGAAAGCAUGUGACAAGGUAUUUGAUUUCUACCGAGAAGCGAUGACAAGGACAUUAUCCAAACCUUGAUGAAUGCACAGGAUAACUGAAAUAGUUCAUUGCCAUUCCAAAGACAUUUUCUGACAAGAGUCAAGGAUUUGUGGAUCUACAAGAUUUGGAUAAGAAAGCUUUUAUGUGACCAGUUUCUGCAUCCGGAAAACUUCUAACCUAGCUUGUAUCGUGUAUCUUGACUUUGCUAAAGAGCAUGAUUGUUCCAAGACAAUGUGAGUUCUUCCUAUUGUACAGUAUUUGUCUCCUGUGUACAGGUUAAAGAUUGGUAAUA